AUGCUGGAAUCUCUGUCCAUCUGCCUCGUCGCGGGCGGCAUAUACGUGCUACUGCUUCUCCUCAUUGUCGAAGGAUGGCUCCUCGUGUGGCACUACUUCCUCUGUCGGAUCGACCUGGUGCAAGAACUCCUGGAAGACGAGCUUCCUCGUGUCUCUCACCACACAAAGGUCUGCGAGAACAUGGAAGAAGACGCCGUCUUCAAUGACGACUUCGAGUGGCCGGUGGGAAGGCCUGUGGAGAAGUACGAAGUCCUGGAAGUUCAGGUGCUCCAGCACAACAGAUAUUUCGCAAACAAGGUUCUAGGGCGCUACGGCAUGGUGCUCCAACGAGUCGCCGAGGAAGGGUACGCGGCCAUCGAGGACGACGUUGUGGACGACAACAACAAGCCAGUGGCCAACAUCGUGAUGGAGGUCAGCUACACUGCACCCGAUGGCUCUGUGGGCGCAUGGCACGCCCCGGGCCUGCCCACCAAUUUGGGCAGCUUCGACGACGACCGGCAGGCGCUGCUCGACAUCGAGCAGAACAUCGCCAACCUGCAGCGAACAUACGCAGCCGCGGCUACGCCCGCACGGAGCAAACAGGGCUCCGUGAUCAGUCUCUUCGCGGCUACUUCCAACAAGUCACCUGAACGUAAGCGAUCACUACCUGCGGCCAUGAAAACCUUGGCCGUGGCACUAAGGAUUUCGAAGCAGCGUCCCUCAAGCGAUGCUGAGGAAAGAGUGAAGCUGAGGGACGCCGAAGAGACCAUCCACUACGGAUCGACACAGUCCCUACAGAGGCGGCUGAGCGACCAAACACUCUACCUGCUCUCUGGAGGUGAUGCUGCUGAGAGUGCCAUGUUCCCCGACGAACCUUUCACCAUGGACACAGCGCCUUACUCCAUCACCACUCCCGUGGUCAUCACCAGGCCCAAGUUGAGGCAAGACAUCACAGCAACGUCGGCGCUGAAAGCACAGGACUUCCAGGUUUGCGUCACAAUCAUCGAAGGAAGGCAUCUCGCAGGCCUCAACAUGGAUCCAGUUGUUUGUGUGCAAGUUGGCGACCAGAAGAAGUACACUUCGGUCAAGGAAUCCACAAACUGUCCGUACUACAACGAGUACUUCGUCUUCGAUUUUCACAUGGCACCAUCAAUGUUGUUCGACAAGAUUGUAACGCUAACGGCGUUGCACAACCGGAACAUCAUACGUUCGGGAAAAGUUAUCGGUACCUUCAAGCUCGACGUUGGUACAGUCUUCAACCAGCCGGAUCACCAGUUCUAUCACAAGUGGGCCGUCCUCACGGACCCUGAUGAUAUGACAGCCGGUCCGAAAGGCUACAUCAAGUGCGACAUAUCUGUUGUCGGCAAAGGGGACACAAUAAAACCGGCACCCAAGAAGGAGACAGACGAUGAUGACAUUGAAGGAAACCUACUCUUGCCGGACGGCGUCCCCGCCGAACGGCAGCACGCCCGGUUCAUCGUGCGCGUUUACCGCGCCGACGGCCUUCCCCGGGUCAACUCUGGCCUGGUCGCCAACGUCAAGAGGGCUUUCUCUGGCGAGACUCGAGAGCUGAUCGACCCCUACGUUCAGGUCUCGUUCGCAGGACUCACCGGGCAAACUGCUGUGAAGAAGUCCUGUUGUUCACCCGUGUGGAACGAGCAGCUGGUAUUCACGGAGAUGUUCCCACCGCUUUGCCAGCGAAUCAAAAUCCAACUGAGAGAUAAUGAUGCCGUGAAUGACACCGUGGUUGCCACGCACUUCCUUGAAAUGUCCAAAAUUGCCAAUGAAGGGGAUAAAGGCUUCCUUCCAACGUUCGGACCUUCUUUCAUCUACCUGUAUGGAUCGACGCGCGAGAAGUCUCUUUUCGAAGAGCACGCGCCGUUGAACGACGGUCUCGGCGAAGGAGUGAUGUACCGCGGACGACUACUGAUCGCCAUGCGCACCGAGAUCUUCGACGCGCUCGACAUGACACAAUCUAGCGUCGAUCUGGAACCCACGCCGCCAGUGAACGAGGCCUCCUACGCCAAGAACGAAAAUUUUCUCCUGUUCGGUGCCAUCCUGGAAGCUUCCAUGAUUGACCGAAAAUUCGGCGAGAAGCCCAUUUACUUCGAGCUGAGCAUAGGUAACUCAGGCAACACCCUGGACGGCGCGAGUAAGUGGAAGGAUGACUCACUCGAGUCUGCCAGCGGAAGUGGCAGUGACGAGAGGACAGCACUGCUAGAGUCCGUGGUCGUUGACCCGGUCAUCUCACACUCCACCAGCCAACCGGUCAAGCCCGUCACUUCGGACAGGUGUUACUAUCACCUACCAUACGGAGACAACAAGCCCUGUCUUUGGGUGAAGAGUACAUGGCAAGACUACCGGAGGCGCCUUUACAACUCCAACAUGAUCCUCAGGGUGAAGGAGAAGCUGGAAGCUGGCCUUGCGGACAUUCAAGAGAUGAUACGCCUCGAAAAAUCUCACACCGACCGUCGUUUGAGAGGCGUGCUCGAAGAACUCUACACCGGAGCCGAGCGUUACUUGAACCAGGCGAAGAGCCAAGGUCCCACCGGAAAAACAAAGCUCGACAAAGAACGUCUCAGGCACUGUCAACGGGAAAUGGACCAUGUUCGGAGUAUGGCACGCACUAUGAAAGCACUCGUGACGAAAAAUUCAUUCAAGGAGAAACUGAGAAGUACCUACGCUCUCCUGCAGAAGAUGAGUGACCUCGUCGACGACCCUCAACAUUCGCUGCCCGACGUUUUUGUGUGGAUGAUAAGCGGUGGCAAGCGCGUCGCCUACCACCGCAUACCUGCGAGGGAUCUUAUCUACUCCAUCAUAGAUGAAGAGACCGGAAAGUUUUGCGGCAAAGUGCAGACGCUUUUCCUCAAGCUACCUGGCAAGAAAGUCAGCCAGAGCGCUCGCUGGAUGGUUCAAGCCAAGCUGCGCAUGCAUCUGUGGCUGGGCACGACCAAGCACAAGCACUGUGUACUGAAGGGGUUGCCCGAGGGCUACGUCAAGGACGUCGACGACAUUGACAGGGGACCGCCAUCGCAACUUCAUUACACGGAAAAGUCAACCUUCGAGCUGCGGGCGCACAUGUACCAGGCACGGUCCCUCAUCGGAUCGGACUCUUCCGGACUCUCCGAUCCUUUUGCGAGAGUGGUAUUCGGGGACCAGAGUCAGACAACCAUGGUGAUCGACGAGACACUGAGCCCCACGUGGGACGAGAUGCUGCUCUUUCCCAGUGUCACCGUGUACGGCAGAAAAGAGGACAUCAAGGAGGACCCUCCCGUCGUUGUCAUCGAGAUCUUCGACCAGGACAAAGUGGGAAAGUCUGAAUUCAUCGGUAGGACGAUAGCCAGACCUCACGUAAAGUUCGAGGACGACGUCAACUGCCAGCCGCCAUCGCUCGAGUGGCACGACCUGUACCGAGGAACCGAGCCCGCGGGAGAACUGCUCGCCACUUUCGAGCUGCUCAGGUUCUCGCCUCAAGAAGAGAAGUGUGACAUGCCUGAACUUCCGAUGCCAAAAGAGAAUGUGUUCCGAUCCGUGGAACGGGGUCCCGUAUACCCUGUGCCGAAAGGAAUACGCCCGACUUUGUCCACAUACAGAAUAGAGGUGCUGUUCUGGGGCCUGCGCGAGUUGAAGCGCGUGCAUCUGAUGAGCGUGGACCACCCUCGCGUGGACGUCGAGUGCGGUGGUCACGUGCUACAGUCGUCCGUCAUCCUCAACUGCAAGAAGAACCCGAACUUCUCCACGCCCGUCAAGUUCCUGGACGUGGCGCUGCCGGACCAAGAGACGUACUGCCCGCCGCUGACGAUCCGAGUCAUCGACUGUCGCAGCUUCGGGCGCUUCACCCUGGUGGGCACGCACGUGGUCAACUCCCUGCACAAGUUCCUCUUCCGGCCCCAGUCACGAUCGUCAUCCAGGGACCACCGAAACAGGAGCGCCUCGCAGACCUCCUCCUCGCUGCACAUCGAGGAUGGUGUCCUGGUGGACCUUGACGCGGAUUCCAACAUACUCUCGGCAAAGGAAACGCUAAUAACGCUGGACUAUGGAUUCAAGAGCAAGAAAGAGAUGAAGAGUGAGGCAAACAGAAGGAAGAAAAAGAUUGCGACAGAGGACCCUGGACACGACGAGGAGAAUCGGGACUGGUGGAGCCGGUACUUUGCAUCAGUAGAGCAAGCCGCCAAGGACUCUAGCGACCAGAACGGACUGCCCGGCAACAACUUAAGAGCUGGUGACGACAACUACGACAUGUCUAGCGACGGAGAGAGUCAACUCAGUGCCAAAGACAUGCGGAAGAUGGAGAAAGAGCUGGAACGACUGGAGCACCACAAAGAUGGGACGGAAAAGAAGAGGAGAACGUUCAAGGGCGCCUCGAGCGCCGUUCGGUUCGCCCAGCGACUGUCACCCAAGACGCAGAGAGGCCGCAUAUCCCAAGACGGACUGAUAAAGAUCUACCCCACAGAACUCGAGAACGUACCCGAGUUCAAUGGCUUCCGAGAGUGGCUGCACACGUUCGAACUGUACCGUGGCAAGCGAAGCGGUGAUGACUUGGACGACCAGAACAGGGUCGUCGGCCUCUUCAAGGGUUCCCUACAAGUCUACCGGUUCCCACUGCCAAAAGACAUCCAAGACUACACGAUAACGGGUGCCGAUCCGACGUACGGGCUGUUCCAGGGACUGCCCAGUAACGAUCCCAUUCACGUUCUUAUCAGGGUCUACGUCGUCAAGGCGACAGAUCUGCAUCCAGCAGACAUGAAUGGCAAGGCGGAUCCCUACAUCGUCAUCAACCUGGGAAGCAAGAGGAACAGCGAUAAGGAAAACUACGUGUCAAAGCAACUUAAUCCAGUGUUCGGAAAGUGCUUCGAGAUGGAGGCGACCUUCCCGCAGGACUCGCUACUAAACGUGCAGAUCUACGACUGGGACUUGCUGGGCAGUGACGACCUUAUAGGCGAGACGAAAAUCGACCUGGAGAACAGAUUCUACAGCCGCCACAGGGCUACCUGUGGAAUACCACGCAGAUACGAGACAUACGGCCCGAACCAGUGGAGAGACCCGCUGAGACCGAGCCAGGUGCUGGCCAAACUAUGCCGAGACACCAAGCUGGACGGGCCGCACUUCUCGCCGAACCGAGUCAAAGUAGGCACAAAGGCGUUCGUCUUUCGGUCGGACUUCGAGGACGAAGGCGGCAAGCUAACCGAUGAGCACCAGAGUCUGGCCGUUCUCAACCGCUGGGAUGAAGUGCCCAAGGUGGGCUGUCCCCUUGUGCCGGAACACGUCGAGACGAGGGCCCUCUACCAUCCGGACAAACCGGGCAUUGAACAAGGAAAGCUGGAAAUGUGGGUGGACAUGUUCCCCAUGGACAUGCCGCUUCCGGGACCAGCUGUGGACAUCUCUCCCAGGAAGCCCAAGAGCUACGAAUUACGUAUCAUCAUUUGGAACACAGACGACGUGGUGCUCGAGGAUGACGCGUUCUUCACUGGCGAGAAAAUGAGCGACAUUUACGUAAAAGGGUGGCUGAAGGGCCAGGAGGACACCCAGUGCACCGACAUCCACUACCGGUCGCUGACUGGCGAAGGCAACUUCAACUGGCGCUUCGUCUUUCCGUUCGACUACCUGCCCGCCGAGGAGAAGAUCGUCAUCUCGCGGAAGGAGUCGCUCUUCUCGUGGGACGAGACGGAGUGCAAGAUCCCGGCGAGACUGGAACUACAGGUCUGGGACGCCGACCACUUCUCGGCCGACGACUUCCUCGGCGCCAUCACGUUGGACCUGAACCGUUUUCCGCGCGGCGCCAAGUCCUCCAAGCUCUGCAGCCUCAACAUGCUCAAGGCCGAAGCCAACGUGCCCACCAUAUCGCUCUUCAAGCAGCGCCGAGUCAAAGGGUGGUGGCCCUUCUUCGUCAAGAAGGAGAACGACGAGAUGGUGCUCACGGGAAAAGUAGAAGCGGAACUGCACUUGCUCACGAAAGAAGAGGCCGAAAGAAACCCGGCCGGCCUCGGACGAAAUGAACCGGACCCACUAGACAAGCCCAACCGACCCGACUCGUCGUUCAUCUGGUUCCUGAACCCGCUGAAGUCGAUCCGCUACAUUGUGUGGCACCAGUACAAGUGGGUCAUCAUCAAGGCCAUCAUUGCCAUCCUUCUCAUCCUACUACUAGCUCUAUUCUUCUACUCCGUGCCCGGUUACACCGUCAAGCGCAUGCUGGGAGCCUAG